CGACCAAAGCAUAAGUGAUUCUUCAUGCCACAAAACUGUUUAACAUCGGCGAUACUACCUAUCGCGUCCAAUACAUUGAUAAUGAUUGUUCAGUUUGCGCACUUCAUUGCGCAUUUAUAAUUAGUGCAAACGGCGCAAAUCGCCCCAUAUGCAUUGCUCUUUGUCCCAGAAGCCACACAACAGAAGGAAAAACCCUGUGCAGUGCAAGCAGCCAUCUUGGACAGGCAGGCAAGGUAGAUACUUCAGCCAGGAUAACCUGCAGAUCUCUUCUGAAGAGCCCAAGACAUUACAUCGACAAUUUCCGAGUCACGAUGGCCACCGCACCGUACAACUACUCCUACAUUUUUAAAUACAUCAUCAUCGGGGACAUGGGGGUAGGGAAGUCAUGUUUGCUUCACCAGUUCACAGAGAAGAAAUUCAUGGCGGACUGCCCCCACACGAUCGGCGUAGAGUUUGGCACGAGGAUAAUCGAGGUGAGCGGCCAGAAGAUCAAGCUGCAGAUCUGGGACACGGCGGGCCAGGAGCGCUUCAGGGCCGUCACGCGUAGUUAUUACAGGGGGGCCGCGGGCGCACUCAUGGUCUACGACAUCACCAGGAGAAGUACGUACAACCACCUCAGCAGCUGGCUGACUGAUGCCAGAAAUCUGACCAACCCAAAUACUGUGAUCAUUCUCAUAGGUAACAAAGCAGAUCUGGAGGCCCAGAGAGAUGUCACGUAUGAGGAGGCCAAGCAGUUCGCUGAGGAGAACGGUCUCUUAUUCCUGGAAGCCAGCGCAAAAACGGGUGAGAACGUGGAGGAUGCCUUCCUGGAGGCAGCUAAGAAGAUCUACCAGAACAUCCAGGACGGCAGUCUGGACCUGAAUGCUGCAGAGUCUGGUGUCCAGCACAAGCCCUCCGCACCCCAGGGAGGCCGGCUAAUAACCAACGAACCACAGCCCCAGAGGGAAGGCUGCGGCUGCUAAUGACCAACGCCUCUCUGUUCUCAUCCUCCCUCCAUCUCCCCCACCCCACUCCACUGGGGCUGCAUGAGUGUGGGGCACGGGUGGGGGGAGGGAAUGAGGGAUGGGCUGAAUGGGAGUGUACCUCUCUAUGAAUCUGUCAUUCCUCCUCCCCCACCUUUUUCACUUUGUCUUCUUCCUCACUUCUCUCUUGUUCCCUCUCUUCGUCUGCCCCAUUCAGUCCAGCUCAUCUGCCAUGGAAACCCAGAUCCACACACAUUUAAUAUAUAUAAAGACAUGGGUUACUGACAAAGAUAGGUAAUGUUCAUAACACAACCAGAAUAAAUGCUUUUUAAACGUUUCCUUUUAUAGCUUCUACCUAUACUAUAUACACCGAUCAAGUCUCAUCCACCACAUCCCAAACAAAGCCUGUGUAGUCGAUAACUGCCGUUGACAUGAAGCUAUCCAGACACACUCCCCCGCGUCAGUCCUGCAUGGUUUAAUGAUCUAGGACUGUUUUAAACUGAAAUGGUUAGUGAAGGGAUUGGUGUAGUAAUGUAUGACGCAGCCCCGCUACAGCUCGCUAUCGGCAGUGGCAGAUGUGUGUUCGGUCCAGUUGUUGAACAGGGUCUAGAGCAGUCCUUAGCCAAAGCUUUCCCCCUGGUCCUUAUGGUGAAGCUCUGAUACUAGACAGAUAUUUCAUCCUGAUGGUGUCGUACAGUACACCUCAGUGUGGCAACACUAGUGUAGUAGAGACACUUAAAGCCCAAGAGACCUGGAAUUCCCCAGAAUCUCCUCUACCUACAUGACGUCACAGGAAAGGGUGUGCGUGGCCGGGGGGUGGGAUUUAUGACUGUUAAUGAUCAUCAGUUUCAUUGCACCCCCGCCCCAUAUCAAUACAACCUGUCCUUAACAGCAUUUUCUUUGUUGUGGUUUGCCUUGUUAUGAUUUAAUGUUAAAUAUUUUCUUUGCUGCACUUGCUCUACAUACUGCUGUCAAAUUGUUUUACUAUAUGGUAAUAUUGUAGUGGAGAACAUGGAACUGGUUUAACAAUGAGGAAAAGACUAGGGUAGAAGUUUACCAUACUCCGAGGUGAGGAAUUCAAACUGACCCCAGAUCAAUGCUAAGGGUCAUCUUAGACCUGUCUGCACCACAGGUGUAGGGUUCUCUCUCCAGCCUGCUCUCCCCAUAGGCUUGUAUAACAAGACCAAGCAACACGACCCAUAUUGGAUGAGUGACACUCAUCCCAACUCAAUUUCUGUACCAUAGAAUAAUUCCCCCAAUUCGGCAGCUGUGUAUAUAUAGCUUAUAUAUGUUGGUGACCAUGCUACUUUGAGGAUAAACAAACCAUGCUGGCUUCGUAGAGAUCUGUACAGUUGUUUGUGGGAUGCUUGUAUUUCGUGCUUGGGAAUUGUGUAACAUAGUUUCUAUGAAUAAAUGUGUAUGGACAGAC